UGUCUGAUUGGAGCUCUGAUAUACUUAUGGUUGGAAUACAGAAGUUAUCCUAUGGUUACCCCUCCAAAGGGAAAUGUAAGCUUGCCUAAUUCGAUGCAUCAAUACCCACUGGACCGUACCUCAAUAAUCAACAGUCUCACAGAUGCAAUGCAACACUCAUGGAAAGCCUACGUUGAUUAUGCCUGGGGGAUGGAUGAAGUAUUAGUGUUAACAAAGGUUGGAAAGCGUUGGAUGAACGCCGGCCUUACUAUGAUAGAUUCUCUUGACACACUCUGGAUGUAUGAUAUGAAGAACGAAUUUGCUCGCGCUCGUGAUUGGAUCGAAGCUAAUAUAAAUUUUGACUAUGACAACGAUGAAACAAGUGUUUUCGAGUCUACCAUUCGAUUAUUAGGCGGGUUAUUGAGUGCCUUCCAUGUCUCAGGGGAUACUGUAUUUUUGAGAAAAGCGGUGCGAUUAUUUCUCAUUUUGGCUUUUAACUCACCGUCCGGUCUUCCGUAUACAAAUAUUAAUUUUCGAACACUUAAAGCAUCUCUUCCAGGUAACAGUAGAACGGUGUCACUUUCGGAGGUAUCAACACUCCAACUGGAGUUUAACGAACUCGCAAUGCUUUUGCGCAAUGAAAGCAUCGCGGUAAGCAUUUCUUUUAAGUUAUAUUGUGUGAAUGAGCUGUCGGGCCUUAUCUCCAUCGCUAUAAACAUGUACAAUCCUGAACAUUCACCAUUGGACAUCAUUACUUUGGGUGCACGAGGCGACAGUUACUAUGAGUACCUUCUGAAAGUUUGGGUGCAGACUGGCAAAGUGUCGCAAUGGCUUCGAGAUAAGUAUAUUACCGCCGUCGGAAGUGUAAAGCAAAAGCUGAUUCGUCAAAGCGUUCCCAACGGUCUCACUUUUGUUGGAGAAUUGCAUGGAUCGAAAUUUUCUACAAAAAUGGACCAUCUGGUCUGCUUCUUGCCUGCUACUCUGGCUUAUGGGCAUCUUCACGGAAUGCCAGAGGACCAUUUACAUUUGGCCGAGAGUCUGAUGGAGACGUGCUUUCAUUUGUACAACGACACACACACAGGUCUGAGCGCGGAACUUGUAUACUUUAACCUGGCUAAUUCUGACCGAUCUGAUUUCUAUAUAAAGCAAUCUGAUGCGUUCAACUUGCUUCGCCCUGAGACAGUUGAAUCCCUAUUCUACCUUUAUCGUAUCACCAAAAAUCCCAAGUAUCAGGAAUGGGGUCUGGUGAUAUUUCGAGCUUUUAAUGCCUCUUGUCGCAUCAAUCCGGCAGGUUUUGCGCCAAUCCAAAAUGUUCAGGCCUUCAUCCCUCAUCAUCAAGACAAGAUGGAGUCUUUUUGGAUUGCGGAGACUCUCAAAUACCUCCUCCUUCUCUUCGACGAGGAACUUGCAGCCAAAUUCGACCUAACUCAGUGGAUCUUUAACACUGAAGCGCACCCUUUCCCUCUACCCAAAGCGGAUCUUGUCAGCGUGAUUCAAAACUUGUACUCUUUUUAG